GGCAAGUGCCCAGGGCCCCGUGAUCGAUAGGGGCCCACCUCAGAUCACAAAUACAAAGUCCCUAGUUCUUGUUAGAUCACCAAACGGGGGUCAUAGGGGGCCCAUUAUCCUAAUAUGCCCAAGGCCUCCAAUAGGUCAAAGACGGCACUGACUAUCGCUCAAUGUUCGACGACCUCCGUGGCCGAGUGGUUUGUACGCCGGGUUUCAUGGUGUCGCCGACUCGAGAGGUUGUGUGAUAAAUACGAAUACAAAUUACUCCAGUCAUGGAUGUUUAAUAUGUAUUACUAUAUAAAUAUACUUAUAUAUGUACAGUAUAUGUAUUCUAUCCGUUACCCUAAUAUCCCAUAACACUAGCCUUACAGUGCUUACUUUGGGGCUAGGCUAAUUGGUAAUGGAACUACAACACUCACAUGUUGGCAAUAUUUAUUUAUAUAUUUUAAUUUAGUCACUGCUCGUGGAUGAACCGCUUACCUAUAUUAACAAGUGGUUGAUGUCGACUUAUCAGUGCAUCGUAAGGUGGCUGGCAAAAUGUUGGCUCUGCUAGUCCUCGGCUUAGCUGUAACUACAGCUUUACCGCAACACUCCGAAAAGGUUGACUGGCCCAACAGGCCCUCAUGGUGGCCCGAGAAACUUGAUUGGCCUCCGACGUGUCCCACCGAAUGGCCUGACAGACUGCCCUGGCCUCCAGUGGAGCCGCAAGAUCAGGCCGUUGCGUUAGUUCUGCUCCUCAAUCAAGUCCGACCCUCAGAUGGAAUCAACUGGCCUGAUCAGCCUGCUUGGUGGCCUGGCAGUCUGCCCUGGCCUCCAGCGAUACCUGAACAAUGGCCUGAUCAGCCCGCUUGGUGGCCUGACAGUCAGCCCUGGCCUCCGACUUUGCCUGAUAUUAACUGGCCUCCGACUUUGCCUGAUAUUAACUGGCCUCCGACUUUGCCUGAUAUUAACUGGCCUCCGACUUUGCCCGAUAUCCAGUGGCCUCCACAACUACCAGACUGGUUCCCCAUUGACCAAAUUCCGUACAUACCUUCGAGGGAUAACCAGUACCAUCUGUUCACUAGAGCCAACCCGUCAGUCAGCCAACCUUUAGUUCUUGGCGCGAACCAGCUGUUGGCCAGCACUAACUACAGACCAGACCGCAAGACUGUCAUCUUAGUCCACGAUCUGCAGAGUUCUGCUGUGGGGCUAUCGAACGCUGUACUUCUACCUGCAUUUCUUGCUGCUGGUGACGUGAACGUGCUACUGGUAGACUGGAGCACUGGCGCCGACUCCGGAACACUUCUGUCCACCUUCUUUUCAGCUCUAUCUGGUAAUCACGUGGCGCGUUUCCUGAACUGGCUCUCGGAGAGCUCUGGAGCAGACCUGGCAGACUACCACCUCGUUGGUGUCGGCCUUGGAGCCUGGAACGUAGGCUUCAUCGGCAGAAGACUGAGGUCUCGAGUCGGCUAUAUCACAGCUUUGGACCCAUCCAAAGGCCCUAGUGUAACAAGCAUCCUUCCAGCUCUGAAUCCCACCGUGGCUCUAUACACUGAGGUGAUCCACUCCACCGCUGGUACGACCGGAUACGAACCACCGAUAGGCGACGUCGAUUUUUAUCCGAACGGAGGGGCUGCCAUGCCCGGAUGCGGCAACAACUCUGAAUGCAGCAGGAAUAGGGCCGUAUACUACUUCGCGGAGUCAGUGCAUAGCGGAGGGUUCACUGGAGUAGAAUGCGAGUCACACCGUGAUGCCCUGAGCAGUUCCUGCAACGGCGAAGGAAGACUAAAAAUGGGCGGACUGAAUGCUAAGACUGGUUCUCGUGGUGUUUAUCAUCUGGAGACGAACGCCCUCCCACCAUUCUCCAGAGGAUGAGAACUGUGAACUGAGAAUAACUAAAUCCAAUAAAGUAUUACCAGUAUUAUAUGUGUCUUAUUUAAACAUAAACAAAAUACAAUUGCAUAUGGGCAUUUUUGUAUGAAUCUAAAGUUUGAUAUUAGAUUUGUCUUACCCAUAUUAAUUUUAACCUGCAAGUCUUUGAAUAUUGUGCCGAGGUCCUCUGCUGACUUUGCUACUUAAAUCUUACAAAAAAUAUGUUUUUAUUUUUUAAGCAUUUCACU